UCCCUCUAGCGUCUGGCUUUCCUCCCCUCCCCCUCACUGCCGGCCGAUUUUUUCCGUCUCGGAUCCAGUCGCUGUGUUGUCGCCGCGGAGAUUUUCCUUGUUGUUGCUGCCGCGCCGCCACCUCUGGGCUUAGUCGCCCCGACCCCUUCCCGGCGCCCCUUCCCUAACCCUACACAAGAUGUCAGAGGAUCUAGCAAAGCAACUGGCAAGCUACAAAGCUCAGCUCCAGCAAGUUGAAGCUGCAUUAUCUGGAAAUGGAGAAAAUGAAGAUUUGCUAAAAUUGAAAAAAGAUUUACAGUGGCUCUCUGCAUCCCCGAAACGCCUUCCUUCAGUAAGCAGAGUUCUUGAGUGCACCCCCUUUGACCUGCUGAUAUGUAGAUCACAACAACUGAUGCUUCCUGGAAUUGCCGAUUACUGUAACUGCUGCCCAUCUGUCGAUGAAGGAGCAGUUUCAGAACUCAGACUUGAGGGAGGAAAAGUAAUUAAUGGAAGUUAUAGAACUAACCAAAGACCUUCUUUCAACUCAACCUUCUGAAACUCUUGCAAGUUCAGACAGCUUUGCUUCUACUCAGCUCACUCAUUCUUGGAAAGUAGGAGACAAGUGUAUGGCAAUCUGGAGUGAAGAUGGACAGUGUUAUGAAGCGGAGAUUGAGGAGAUAGAUGAAGAAAAUGGCACCGCUGCAAUCACCUUUGCUGGCUAUGGCAAUGCUGAAGUGACUCCACUCUUGAACCUCAAGCCUGUAGAAGAAGGAAGGAAGGCAAAGGAGGAUAGUGGCAACAAACCCAUGUCAAAAAAAGAGAUGAUUGCCCAACAGCGUGAAUAUAAAAAGAAGAAAGCUUUGAAAAAAGCCCAGAGGAUAAAAGAACUUGAGCAGGAAAGAGAGGACCAGAAAGUGAAAUGGCAACAAUUCAACAACAGAGCCUAUUCUAAAAACAAAAAAGGCCAGGUAAAGAGGAGUAUUUUUGCUUCACCUGAGAGUGUAACUGGCAAAGUUGGAGUAGGAACUUGUGGAAUUGCUGAUAAACCCAUGACACAGUAUCAAGAUACCUCUAAAUACAAUGUCAGGCAUUUGAUGCCUCAAUAAUCAGAAAAACUGUUGGAUUUCAUCUCUGCAGGGCUUUACAUUUACCUUUUUAUCCUUAUAUUUUUCUAAAGGUAAAUUAUUUGUUAGAUGAGUAAGGAAGAUACCAUUGUCAUCAUUGUUUGACUUCAAUAGAAUGAAACUUGAAGAAAUUGCAUUUGAUAACUGCUAUUCAUUUACCUUUUUUCAUCACUACCACAAUUCCCUCAAAUUUUGUUGAAAUAAAGCAACUUUUCUAGAUAGAUGCUGUAAAUACAGCACUUAGAUGAAUUGUUGAACUUCCUAAUAUCAGGCCCCCACUUAACUGAUGGUAUGUACUUUUUGUAAUGUCGUAAUUUGGAAUUUUCACAUGCUUUGAACUUGUCACAAAUUCUAGUAAUUCAUUGAAACAUCAAGGCAAAACACCAACUUGUUAAAGAGUUCUUUUCUUUUUUUCUUACUUUCAAUGUAAACCUAGCUGUUGUCCAGUUAAGCCUAAAUGUGGUUGGAUUUGUAAAUGGUAGUUUGUUUUGAGGCUUUUCUUUCAAUAACUUGUUUCCUAAGCCUAUUAGGCCAUCUCUAAAAUUGAUCCAGCUUUUAUUCUUUUCAUUGAACUUUUAGUUUUAUGUAAGAAACCAUGUUUAGAACCAGCUACCUUUUCCUUUUCUUUCUUUUUAAAAUUUUUUUAUUGCCUUUUUCCUGUGUUAAUUUUUCACUUAUGGUAGUGGUACCAUUUUCUGGAUGUGUAAUGUUUAUAUGGGAAAACAAAAAGCUAAUGUAUAGCCCUGUAUACAGUGUAGAUACUAUUUUUGUAAAAAAAAAAAAAAAAGGCUAAAUUUAAUGAACAAGAGUACUGAACGUUUUCAUCGUUUAAAAAUUUCCUGUAUUUCUUGUGCAUUAAUUUGAUCAUAGUUUCCCUGUAUAUUAUGUUCAUGUAGCUGAGUUUAUAAUUUUUGUUAACUAGAUCAAGUUGUCAGCUUUUUUUGGUGUACGUGAACAUCACCAGUCUCCUGAGUUGAGUUUAAGCCAAAUACAUGCAUAGAAAAAGGUCUUCCUGUUAAUGGAAGAGGGUGAUUUUUAGGCUGUUAAUUUCAGUUUUGUAUGUUUAACUUUUAUUAAUAAAGUGUUUUUAAAAUCUC